AUGUUUACUAUAGCUCAGCUUUCGCUGUACGAGACUCUCCGCGAAUGGUGCGACAGCAAUGAUUUUGACCCAUUUCAACAAAAUGACCGCGGAGAAAAUUUACUCACGAUAGCUGCCGUGACUAAUUGCAUACCCUUGUGCGCCACUCUUAUUGCAAAGGUAGUUAACGUCAACGAAUGCGGUGUCAAUGGCAGGUAUGGCAGCGCCCUUGCAGCCGCAGUCGCAGCCGCGUGGGAUAGACUGGAUACAGUCAAAUACCUUGUGGAGGAGGUCAAACCAGACGUGAGUCUUCAAAUUCAUGUGAAAACCCAUGGCAGUGUGCUUGCCACCGCUGCCUUCUCUGGUAAGCUGGAUAUUGUGAGAUACCUCGUGGAGGAAGCAAACUUCGAUGUUAAUCUUCAGCUUGGUGAGGAGACUUUUGGGAGUGUGCUUGCUGCCGCUGCCCGGGGAAGUCUCGUUGCAGUGAAAUACCUGGUGGAGGAGGCAAAAGCAGAUGUGAAUGUACCGCAUCAGGCUGGCAAUGCACUUGUCGCUGCCGUCUUGAGUGGAAAUCGGGAUAUGGUGCGAUACUUUGUGGAAGAGGCAAAAGCAGAUGUAUAUAUCCUGGUUGAGGGUUGGCUUCUUGAUAUGGCGCUUGAGGACUAUGAUAAUGAGGAUGCUGUUGCGCUCAGGGAAAUUCUGAAGCUACCUAGUGAGCAAGAGGAAGCAGGAGAUGGGCACUAA